AUGCCUCCGACCGAACGGCUACUUGUACGGGAUCACAAUUUGGACGAGAAGGCUAUGAGGGAGUCUGUGGCGUCUUCAGGCGAUUCCAGGGACGGUAUACGGGAUGAUGAGUUGUAUUUUGAGCCGAAAAGGGUGUACAGACGGUCGACUGAUAGCUCAUCGCGGUCAUCGCUAGUGAGGGUGUACUCGGAAAACGAGAGGGCCAAUUUCGACCAGGUUACUGGGUCGAGGAUUUAUGACGAUUUGAAGCACCGUCCAAUACCGAGUGACGGCAAAAUCGCUGCAGAAACGGAAGGCAGGUCCCUGGUGUCGGUGGGAGAUGCGCAACGUUCGAGGAAACGGCGACUGUCGUUGAACGACGGCCGGUACGGCGACAUGCAGGACGAAUAUAUUCCGGAUCUCGAUUUCUCAGAGGCUGUUUUGCACUGGCAGAGCGAAGAUAGCGCCUCGCCGGCUGUGUUGUCGCAGAAGCUGAGAAACGACAGCUCUAAUGCGACUCCGACAAGGUUUCCUGGGAGCAUCACACGGACUAACACAUGGAGCACCGAUCGCGAACCCAAUAGCGGUAGCGUGAGCCCCAAUAGUUCGUAUGUGUUCGAUUCUUCGCACGCUCAAGUGGAGCCUAUUCCGCUGCCAAACGCGUCCAAUGGGGUCUCCAUGAUAACGCCUCUGUCUGCCUCGGAGGUAAGUAAGAGCAUAACAGGCCCUGGGGCAAAUGCCAGCGACGUGGAUCCGUUUAAACAUGGGCAUCUUGCCUCUUCGUUCCAGCCCCGGAAAGUGUCUAGAAGGAAGACGUCCGUUUGCGAGUCCUACAACUCGGCAUCUUCGUCUUUGACUUAUCUCCCGGACAAUACGGUGUCGAUAAUUGCUGAACUGAGAAUGACGCCGGAAGAAGUGCUGGAACUCAUUGGGAAGUUGCCACAUGAUUUUGUCUACAUGCCCUAUUCUCAAAGGAAGAAAGUGAUAUUGGAUUUGAUACCCAACAAGGAUUAUAAACUAUUGAUGUCGGUGAUCAAGAAGCUUAUGCUGAAGAGCACGAGGAGUAGCGUAUCGAUAAGCAAAAAUUCGUUGCCGGCUGCAGCCGCAACCGCUAAAUCGCGUCAUGGCUCUGUGGCUUCGCAGUUUUUGAGUUCAUUCUCGCCUGCUGGAGUGACCUCUACCCCAAGUGCAAACAGUGUCAGACCGGAUGAGAAAGGUAUGGAAAUCAUGGGUUAUAGUUUAGGAAAAGUCAUUGGGUUUGGCGCAUGGGGUAUGAUACGAGAAUGCCACAAUCUGGAAACAGGUUCUGUGAAAGCCAUGAAGAUAGUGCGGUUCAGAAAUAACAUGAAGGUCAAAAACCAGGUACUAAAAGAAGUUUCUGUUUGGAAAGAACUCCAUCAUCAAAAUAUUCUCCCUCUCUUGCAGUGGAAAUUAAAUGACGACUACGCAAUGUACUGUUUGACUGAAAGGAUUCACGGCGGUACGAUAUACGAUUUAGUGAUAUCUUGGGGAGAGUACGACACUUCCAAGAUCGACCUGGUUACUAGAUGCAAACUGACCAUCAUUCUGUGUUUGCAAGUCACCUCGGCACUCAAAUAUAUGCAUAAAAAGUACAUCGCCCACGGAGACGUUAAGCUAGAAAAUUGUCUUUUAGAGAAGCAAUCGGAAGCGUCUCAAUGGAAAGUCUUCCUUUGUGACUUCGGAAUGAGCUGUCACUACAAACAUUGCGAAGCGUUUCCUGUUGACGCUGACUCAGACUCGGAGCCGCUUACAAAUCUCCCAGAAUGCAGCUAUACACAGCUGUCGCCAUACAUGGAAAAGAAGAAAAUAGCAGGACACGUCAACGAACCGUUGCCUUUCCACAGAUCACGUUCGAGUUCCGGGCUCCGUCACGGCAGUCGAAUGGUAAAGUUCCAUAAAAUAAUGAAAAACAAGAAACUGACCCACGAUGACACUCCCUUAGGAAUCAGCUCCCUGCCCAAAACUUAUGGUCCAGCGUUAACAAGUGCUCGCAUCGGGAACUCUAGCUUCCCGUCGCUGCGACAGAUUGCAUCUCAAAGCACAGCAUUAACUCCAACCAUGGACAUGACCUCGCCCCAUCAAGCUACAGACGAGGAAACCCGUGCCGUCGGACCGGAUCCCCAUUCUCACAUAGGGUCGCUCCCAUAUGCAGCACCUGAGCUUCUAGAACCUUCACCUCCGCCACUUGGACCUGCGGCUGAUAUCUGGGCCCUGGGUGUUACGUUGUACACCAUGCUGACGGGGAAAUUACCGUUCAAACACGAUUAUGAACCCCGGAUGAGAGCCAUGAUCGCCUCGGGCAAAUUUGAUAGAAAGGCUCUUGAAACCGUUUGCCGCGUCACAACAGAGGAACCUGACGUUACAAGGCGCGAGCGCCAAGAUAGACCAAGAUUUACAGGAUUGUACAAUGCUCUUAUGGGCUGUCUCGCAAGCGAUUUGAACCAGCGCUGGGAACUGGAUAGGAUCGAGACGUCUCUCAAGGAUGACCUAAUGAAACUGUCUCCUUUGUAUAAUUAA